UCCGAGUUACUCACGCUGCGCGUGCAGUACGACGUCAGAGAGCACCUGCUGAUCUCGCCUGAGGGUGGAGAUGGCAUUGAGGACCGGCGUGCGAUCAACACGAGGUUCACGUGGACGUUCGAGGCCGAUGUCACAAACCCGGAAGAUCUGGAGUGGGGCAUCGUGACAGCCACGCCGUUUGAAGAGAAGCCGGCAGUGCUCACGACGAGCGGAGCGUCGAAUGAGGAGGACUGA